AUGCCCGGACAGUGCAAGAAGUGCAACGAGUCGGACAAUGAUGACAUGGUCGCCUGUGAUACGUGUUCAACGUGGUAUCAUUUUGCGUGCGUAGGAGAGUCUCCAGGAGUCGCCAACCGGGCUUUCUGCUGCCCCGUAUGCGUGGAUAAGAAGAAGAAGAGUAAGAAGGUACCCAAGGGCAAAUCGGCAAAUCAAUUAGGUACACUUGCCAAUGUACCCGGGACGUCCAACGAUGCAUCUUCUACUAAAAGUGUUUCUUCGAAGAAAUCCACCGCAGCAGCAACCGAAACCGACCGGGCAAAGAAAUCGUUACCAUCGAGAGAUAACGACGCGAAGUCAGUUGCCUCCCACACGAGCCGUGCGUCAGAAUCACGUGUGCUUCUAGAGUUUCGUCGCAUGGAGGAGGAACUGGCUCUGCGAGAACAGCAGCUUGAAGAUGAGAGACAGAUGAGGGAAAAGAAGCUAGAGAUCGAGAAGCAAUUCAUUCAGAAAAAGAUGCAGCAAGAAAGGGAAUUAAGAGAGAAAGAACUAGCCCAAGAGCAGGCGUUGUUGGAAAAACAGCUUGCGGAGCAGGUAGAAUUCCAAAAUCGUCAGCGUGAGUUACGAGAGCGAUUCCAGAGGGAAAAGUUCGAGAUUCUGUCAGCGAACCUGGAACUGGAAGGUGCUGUCGGGGGUCUGCUACCCGGCGUAGAAGUAGCACAGGAUAACCAGCAAAUGGUGGAAGCCUGGUUAGACAAGGAUAAAACGCUACAUGCAACGAUUCAGCGGGAUGGCGCCGUAGGUGAUACAAAAGCAAAAUCGGUGUCGGAGCAGUGCAUCCCCAAGAAACAACAAGUGCUUGAGACUCCUAAGCGACAUCCAGAAGUGCCGGCCGUGCCACCUGGUGCUAAGAAUCUAGAUCUUCCAAACUUUCAACAAGUGGAUCACCGUAACGAGCAAGAAGACAACGAAGAAUAUGACGAUACUUCAGAGGAUGACGAUUCGAUAUAUGCGCCGCCGGUCAGGGCGGUAAUACCUGCAGAGCCUACAAAGGCACAGCGUGCAGCUCGACAAGUUCUAUCUAAAAGGCUGCCCGUUUUUACGGGAAAGGUAGAAGAAUGGCCUUUGUUUUACAGCAGCUUCGUUAACUCCACAGCAGCAUGUGGUUUUUCAAACAUUGAAAAUCUUGUUCGCUUACAAGAAUGUUUGAAAGGAGCUGCAUUAGAGUCAGUUCGGAGUCGGCUUCUCCUGCCACAAGCCGUUCCGCAGGUUAUUGAUACACUCCGAAUGCUCUACGGACGCCCCGAGCAGUUGAUCCACACCCUUCUCACUAAGGUAAGGAAGACUGAUGCGCCCAGAGCCGAACGAUUGGAAUCGUUCAUUCCUUUUGGACUCGCUGUUCAAGAACUGUGCGACCAUCUUGUGGCAGCGAAUUUCCAAGAUCACCUCGUGAAUCCUGUACUCAUACAAGAGCUCGUUGACAAGCUUCCUGCAGCUACAAAACGAGAAUGGGUACAAUUCAAACGAUUCGUACAACCGGUGACUCUCAGUACGUUUGCGCAAUUCACAACCAAACUGGUUGCCGAAGCCAGUGAGGUGAUUCUCGUGAUCGACCCGAAAACGAAAAGUGAAAGGGUGAAAGGCAAGGAUCGUGGAUUCGUGAACACCCAUUCAAGUGUACAUGAAAAGUCCUAUGCCAACACAAAGCCAAUUGCUCUCUGUCGCGUCUGCCGAAAAGGAGAACACCGCAUUCGAAAUUGUGAAGAAUUCCGGCGACUCAACCUCGAAGGACGUCUGAAACUCAUGGACCAACUAAAGUUAUGCGAACGAUGCCUGAACGAACAUGAAGGUUGGUGUAAGUUCAAAAUAACCUGCAAUGUUGGUACCUGUCGCCACAACCACCAUCCCCUGGUGCAUCGUGAGCAACCAAACGUUCCGGCGGCUCUGACACGUCCACCUUCGAACCCUACGCCAAGCUCCAGCUUCCACUGUUUGCAUGUUAACUCCACGCCGUCCGUCAUAUUUCGAAUCGCCCCUGUCACGCUGUUCAAUGGUAGUAGAUCCAUCCGCGCAUUGGCAUAUUUUGACGAAGGAUCCGAGUUAACACUCAUUGAGGAGGAGCUAGUUCGUGACCUACAAGCUAAUGGGAAGGUGCAACCUCUAAAACUACGCUGGACGGGAAACAUCGUUCGCGAGGAACGUAAUUCGGAAUGCGUUUCUUUGCAGAUUUGCGGAAUGAAAAACCGUAAUCAUUUCGAUCUAAAAGAUGCACAUACCGUCGACCGGCUAUAUCUACCUAAGCAGCACACAAACUUACGGGAAAUUGUGCAUCAAUAUCGACAUUUGGAUGGCAUUGCUGUAGCUGAUCAUACAGGCGAUCAACCUAAGCUCCUCAUAGGCCUCAACAAUGCGUACCUACUAGCACCUUUGGAAUCCCGUAUUGGUAGCGCUAAUGAGCCGAUAGGUGUGAGGUCUCAUCUUGGAUGGACUGUCUAUGGUCCAAGAUGUGCUCCAUUUCCCAAGGAAAGUUUCGUUGGAUAUCAUGCUGCUCUGACAAACGAGGAAUUACAUAGCGCGAUGAGGAAGUACUUCACCGUGGAGGACGUCGAAGGGACAGUGUGCCAACUUCCUGAGUCGGCGGCAGAUCGAAGAGCUCGUGAAAUCAUGCAGAACACAACGGUGAAACGGAACGGUCGCUACGAAACGGGUCUAUUAUGGAAAACGGACGACUUCGCCUUUCCUGACAGUCUACAGAUGGCCCUGCAUCGACUUCGCGGAUUGGAACGCCGUCUGGACAAGAACCCUAAUUUGGACAUCAAGGUACGACAGCAAAUUCAGGAAUACCAGACCAAACAGUACAUCCACAAGGCGUCAGCGGAAGAGCUUGAGAAUGCUAAUCAAGCUAGGGUUUGGUAUCUCCCCCUAAAUGUUGUAUUGAACCCAAAGAAACCUGAGAAGGUUCGACUGGUUUGGGACGCUGCGGCACAAGUACGAGGAAUAUCGCUAAACUCAAUGUUGUUAGCCGGUCCAGAUUUGUUGGUGCCAUUGACGGCGGUGCUUCAGCCGUUCCGAGAGCGCAGAGUAGCUUUUGGAGGAGAUCUCAAAGAAAUGUUCCACCAAUUCGUCAUUCGGAAUGCUGACAAGCAGGCACAGCGGUUUGUGUUUCGCACCGAUCGUGACAAAGAUCCGGAGAUCUUCGUAAUGGAUGUCGGAACCUUCGGCGCUACUUGCUCUCCAGCGUUGGCGCAGUAUAUUAAAAACUACAAUGCUUCACAGUAUGCUGAACAGUAUCCGGAAGCGGUUCGUUCUAUAGUUCGUCUACACUACGUCGAUGAUUAUCUCGACAGUGCAGAUAGCGUCGACGAGGCGGUGGAGCGCGCUAAAAAGGUCCGAUUCGUUCAUUCACAAGCUGGCUUCACUAUCCAUAAGUGGAUUUCAAAUUCCCCGAGGUUUCUCGAGGAACUAGGCGAACACAACACAGAGGACAAGAUUUCACUGCAACUCGACGAAGGCUCUGCAGAACGUGUAUUGGGACUUAUAUGGCGCCCUAAGGAAGACGUCUUCAUGUUUUCAACGGCGGUACGGGAUGAUUUGGCACCAUACUUGCUAGCGACUGCUCGCCCAACCAAAAGGUUGGCUCUCAGCUGCGUCAUGAGCCUCUUUGAUCCACUAGGCUUACUGGCGCCAUUCACCCUACAUGGGAAAAUAUUGCUGCAAGAAUUGUGGAAGAGCGGUUGUAAUUGGGACCAAGAAAUCAACGACGAAUGUUUCAGCAAAUGGACGUGGUGGAGGAAUACUCUUUCUUCAAUCGAGAAUUUACAAAUUCCUCGAUGCUACCUGAAAGAAGCUUCAGCUGCAGCCUACGAUACCCUGCAACUCCAUGUAUUUUGUGACGGCAGUUCUGAAGCAUAUGGGUGCGUAGCUUACUUUCGUCUAGACACCCCUGGCGGCAUAGUUUGUAGCUUGGUAAUGGCUAAAACCAAAGUUGCUCCCCUAAAGCAGCUGUCGAUCCCCAGAAUGGAGCUGCAAGCUGCGGUCCUCGGAGCUCGGUUGGCCAACACUGUGAUAUCUAAUCACAGAGUGAAGAUCACAAAGCGAAUACUUUGGUCUGACUCACGAACGGUCCUAUCUUGGAUUCAAUCGGACCAAAGGAAAUACAAACCCUUCGUUGGUUUUCGGAUUGGAGAAAUUCUGCAAGAGUCAGCUGUGGACGAUUGGCGUUACAUUCGAACAAAGAUGAACAUCGCUGAUUUGCUUACUAAGAAGAAACGCGACAGUAGUUUGUCUUCAGGAGGAGAAUGGUUCCAUGGACCGAGAAUUCUGUACGCGCCAGAAGACAGUUGGACAGGGAUCAACCAAAUGAUUCCAAAUACAAACGAGGAAUUACGUGCUUGUCAUCUUUUCCAUGCAAACGAUGCAGUAGAGUUUCAAGGACCACUCGUCGAUGUAACGCGUUUUUCCAAGUGGAAUGUGUUGGUGAGAACCUUGGCGUGUGUAUUCCGCUUUGUCUCCAAUUGUCGCAAGAAGCAGCAGAACGCACCGAUAGAGGUCAUCGAGACUACCGAGAAGAUCAAACGGCUUGUAUGCCGGCCAAUGAGUUCAAUAUUGGUCCCUCUAAAGCAGGACGAAUAUGAGAAGGCGGAAAUCGUUCUAUGGAAACUAUCUCAAGGCGACGCCUUUCAAUCGGAAAUAGAAAUCCUACAACAUAAUCUGAAAUCACCCAUGGAAGAUUGGUUGAAAAUCGACAAGAAAAGUGUUCUGUAUAAGCUGGCACCUUUUCUGGACGAGUACCAAGUUCUUCGUGUGGAUGGUCGACUGAGUGAGGCGGAAGUCAUCCAGUACGACGCUCGUUUUCCAGUGAUCCUGCCAAGUUGUCAUCCAGUUACCAACCACCUUAUCAAUCAUCUCCAUCAACGUUUUGGGCACGCAUUCAAAGACACCGUCGUUAACGAACUACGAAUGCGAUUUUACGUUCCCAAAGUGCGGUCGUGUGUUUCAAAAAUCGUCAAGGGAUGUCAAAGCUGCAAAGUUAGGAAAGGACAACCGCGUACACCAAGGAUGGCUCCACUUCCUGUCGAGCGUCUAACGCCAUUCGUGUGUCCUUUCAGCUAUAUUGGGAUUGAUUAUUUCGGUCCAGUAGAAGUUGUCGUCGGAAGGCACCACGAAAAGAGAUGGAUAGUACUAUUUACUUGCCUGUCAAUCCGUGCGGUCCAUCUUGAGGUGGCACAUAAACUGGACACGCCGUCCUGCAUAAUGGCUAUCCGACGAUUUGUCCUACGACGAGGGCCGCCCAUCACAGUAUUUUCGGACAACGGAACUAAUCUCAAAGCAGCUAAUAAGGAACUUCAAGAGCAGAUCAAACGUAUUGAUGCAGCGUGUGCCAACGUCUUCACGAAUGCCCGCACGCAAUGGAGAUUUAGUCCGCCCUCGGCGCCCCACAUGGGGGGCGUUUGGGAGCGCAUGGUUCGCACCGUUAAACAAGUGAUGGCGGAGCUGAACUCUAGCAGAAGGAUGAAUGAUGAAACGUUGUUGACGGUGAUAUCUGAGGCCGAAGAAAUUGUCAACUCGAGGCCUCUCGUAUACAUGCCACAGGAUUCCAUACAUGCGGAGGCAUUGACACCGAACAACUUUACUAGAGGAGUGACUACGUGCUUGGAGAACCCAUCAAUCCCACCUACGGACCAAGCUGAAUCGCUACGAAAUGCGUACAAGCGUUCGCAGGUGGCUGCGGAUACUCUGUGGAGAAGGUGGUUGAAGGAAUAUAUGCCCACUCUUCAUUGCCGGAAUAAAUGGUUAGAAGAAAGCAAACCGUUGGCUCCUGGCGACUUGGUCUUCAUCGUAGAUGGUUACAACCGUAACGGAUGGAUUCGUGGACAGGUGGAGAGCGUUAUUGCUGGAAAGGAUAAUCGCAUCAGGCAGGCUUUAGUCCGCACUGCCAAUGGAAUGUAUCGACGACCCGUUACUAAGCUAGCAGUGAUUGAGAUAGCAUCUUCUGGUAAAUCCAACCCUGAAUCUGGUUCAGGACUAGGUUUACGGACCGGGGAAUUGUUACAACCACUACCAUCGAUCGUCGAUGCACGCGUACCUGCGGUGUAG